AUGCCUCGGACUUGGCAGUUGUUGCGACCUGACCGAAGUGACCCCCCUUCGCUCACUGUAUCCGAACUGGAGGAUGUUAAGGAGAUAAGUGGGUGGUCCGCUGCCAGAGUCAAGGCCGACAAGUUUGAAGAAGUCGAUUUUGACAAUCUUGUCACCGAGGAGAAUAUGAGGCAGUUUCUCGGAUAUGACAUUCCGAGAGAAAAACAGUUAAUCACCAAGAGGGGAGCUGUCAAGAAAAGGAAUGAAGCCCCUCCAUCCCCGAGACCUACGACUAAGAAGAGGUCACCUGAGGAAGUUCUCGGGGAUGUUCCUGCACAAAAGAAACAGAAGAUUCCUUUGGCCGCUUCAGGUGCGAGGAGAACUCCUCCUUCGGCUCCAUCACCUAGGUCUGGCUCCGAGGCUUCGUUCCAUGGUGAACAAUGUGCGGUACCUGAGAGGUCUAGAGAAGGAGAAGGAAAUGUACCUGAGGCCCGAGAUGUCCCAGUUGCGCGUAGGGUAAAGCAUCCGGCCAGGAAACGGAAGCUUACAGGCCAGGACCGAAUGGCUCAAAGACUCGCGGACGCCGGGCGAUUGUGGGGCAAAGCGGUUAUAAUACCUUCCGACAAAGAGGAAGUGCGCCAAGAGCCUGUCGCUUCAAGUGGUGACUUUCUCGAAGAGAUGGAUGAAGAAGUCGGCACCCCCCGAGACGAGCCUUUGGCUGAAGAGUCUGAAGUAGAAGUUUCAUGUUCUGCGCCUAUACAAACCGAGACUCCUACUGGAAUGUCCGAGGCUGAGGACGUUGAAGAGCCUUGCCCCUCUCGGGAAGUGAUUGAUCAGGAGGUGCCGGGAUCUGAUCCUGAAACUCAAAGUCCCGGUCAACCCGAAACAACUCCCCAUGUUGGAGUGGCUGAGGAGUCUCGGAUCGAUUCCGAGAACGUUAUUCCUGAAGCUGGCGUGCUCCCCGAGACUUCUACUAGGAGCGAGUCUCGUGCUGAGGCCAGCCCAAGCACCGGGGCUGUACCUCAAGUGGGUCCUAGCUCUUCCUCCAGGAUGACUGCCCUCUGGCAGAAGUGCGAAAAUCGUCCUGCGUCUCCGCCCACUCCUUCCCCCGAAGUGCAAGCCCGCAUCUCGGGUUUAGAGGAUGAAGUUGCGGCGCUGAAGUCUCUUCUUCAGUCCAAGGACGAGGAACUCGCGUCCCGGGACUCGAUUAUAUCCGAGAUGCGUUCUGCUAACGCUCGUUUGAGUAACGAAGUGGCGGAGGCCAACGGUCGGUACGCUCGCUCUAUUGAAAGUCUUUCUUCCGAGCUGGAUCGUGCGGAUCAAUUGUCUACCCGUUUGUCGGCUGUGCAGAAUGAAUGCUCCGAGGCGUGCAAGAAUGCGUUGAGUGCCGAGGCUGAAAAGGACAAACUCAAAGAUGAGGUUGAAAGACUUACAGCCGAGAGGGAUAAAGCUCUCAAGGCGCAGGAUCACUCGGAGAGUCUCUUGAUUCGUCUUAGGGCCAGAUAUGACGCCGAUCGGGCAAAACUCAAACGUUAUCAGAAGCAGAUUGGUGUCAGACUAGUUGAAGGUCUAAAAGAUCAGGGCUCUAAAGGGUUAACUAGACCUCCUCAAUCAAAAAUCAGGUCGGAUUCUGAUAAUUCCUCUCAAGUUAGAUGGUUUUCCGGCACCGUGGAACCGAUGAAGAAGGUUAAUAUGGCUGCGAAGACAAGGCUGAGGGACGCUGAGAAGGCUGAUAAUGUUAUGCACCUGAUUUGUUGGGGACCCAAGUAG